GCCUCUGUUCCGUUUGUAUCAUUCAAGCGCGGUGCUUGCGUGUCGUGCAAGGCCGCGCGUUCCUGUCUUACAGAUAUUUUAUAUACCUCAACCUGCAUCUGUUCUUCGUCAUUGAUUACUGUAUACAGCUCUCCACCUACGAUGUCCACUACUCCAGAACGCGAUGCUCAACUUCUCGCCGUCGGGCACCAAUGCUCAGAACAAUCGUGUUUACUGGUCGAUUUUUUGCCAUUCAAGUGUCAGCAUUGCUCAAUCGGUUCUGUGGGGAACAUUUUGACGUGACAGCUCAUCGUUGUCCAAGUUAUGAUGAAAGCAAGCAUAACAGAAUUGCACCGUCUUGUCCACUGUGCAAUCAGCCAGUGGCCAUACCGCACGGACAAGAUCCCAACAUUCGCAUGGAGAACCACAUAUCCAAUGAGUGCUCUGUUAUGACUGGUAAAUCAGGUAGAGCCAAAUCUGCGCCAGUUUGUGCGAGAGGCAAAUGUGGAAAGGUAUUGUUUGCUCCUAUCCGCUGCGAUAAAUGUUCGCAGCAAUUUUGCCCUCAACAUCGAUUUCCCAAAGAUCACACUUGCUCAUCUUUAUCCACUCCGGCAUCAUCGAACUCCAGGAUAACCUCCCCUGCUUUGGCCAAACAGUCGAUUAGCGCUUCAUCCAAAGCAUCUGCUGCAAGUGCGUCUGCCAUGAACGCAAUGAAGAAAACAUUGGCGUCCGCGAGCUCCAACGUCUCGGCCCACUCACCCUCUACGUCUAUCGCUACCCCUAAGAUCGCAUUGCCGAGUACCAAUAUGUUCUCGAAAGCUGAUCGUCGGGCGAAGGCGGAGAGGGAGAGUAGGAGGAAAGCUAUGAUGGAACGCGCUAAGAAGGGUCUCUUGAGCGAUGAAGAGAAGCGCAUUCUGGCAACUGAGGAAGCACAGAGGGCUCAGCAGGCCGGCAAGAAGGAUGGCGACUGCGUUAUGAUGUAGUUUCUAUUUGUAUUCCAACUGUGUAUCCCCAUAUACCUACUAAAUAGACACUCAACUGUAAAUUGGCAAUCUUCCUAAUACCCUUUACUCUACUA